UUUGUUCUGCCUGCAUUGGGUGCACUUUGAUUGAUAAAUAUAUUCCUUGAUUACCAGGAUAUAUGAUGUGUUUGGAUUCAAUCUUUGCGUUACUAUAUGCAAGAUCUUAAAUCCUGCUUUGCUUGACCAGGAUUUGCUCCUUUAUCGUAUGUCCCUCCUCUAAGAUGGAUUAACUUCGUUCGGAGCUCCUUUUCUCUACUUUGUUGUCUUGUGAAAACCGGGACCAUGUUGCGCCGAAGAAGUGAGUUUUUUGUUUUCAUGGACAGUGUUCGUUCUCAGAAAUCGGAAACGGAGGAGCAAAAGGAAGAGCACCAGCUGAGCCCUUUUGAAGAGUAUCUGCAGAUGCUACUGCAGAUGAAGUUGGCAAGUGCUGAUCAGUUUGACAAUUUGGAGAAGCAUACGCAGUGGGGGAUCGAUUUUGUGGAGAAGUACACCAAAUUCGUCAAGGAGAGAUCAGAGAUUGAAACCAACUAUGCAAAACAAAUUAGGAAUUUAUCAAAGAAGUAUCAACCCAAGAAGAACUCACGGGAGGAGGAAGAGAGCAAGUACACCUUCUGUCGAGCCUUCCUGACAUCGCUUAAUGAGUUAAAUGACUAUGCGGGUCAACACGAGGUUAUAGCGGAGAACCUGACGUCUCAAAUCAUCACCGAGCUUUCGCGCUACCUGCAGGACCUCAAGGCCGAGAGAAAAUCGCAUUUCCACGAUGGGCGUAAGGCACAGCAGCACAUUGAGAGCUUGUGGAAACAGCUGGAAACGUGUAAAAGAAGGUUUGAGAGGGACUGUAAAGAGGCAGACAGAGCACAGCAAUACUUUGAGAGGAUGGAUGCUGACAUUAACGUGACUAAGGCUGACGUGGAAAAGGCACGACAGCAAGCGCAGGUGAGGCACCAGAUGGCCGCUGACAGUAAGAGUGAAUACUCCUCCUACCUGCAGAAGUUCAACCAGGAGCAGAAUGAACAUUACUUUACAGUUAUCCCCACCAUAUUCCAGAAACUUCAAGACAUGGAGGAGAGAAGAAUUGACAGGAUAGGAGUGUGCAUGAAGACGUUUGCAGACGUGGACCGCCAAGUACUGCCCAUCGUGGGGAAAUGUUUAGACGGCAUGACGAAAGCCGCCGAGUCCAUUGAGCCCAAGACUGACUCAAAGCAGGUGGUGGAGUCCUAUAAGUCCGGGUUCGAGCCCCCGGGAGAUGUGGAGUUUGAGGAUUACGGCCAGGCCAUGAAGAGGACGGUGUCUGAAACCAGCCUGUCCAACUCCAAAGAGGCCAGGGAGAAGCCUGCCGGCAAGAGCAAGGGCAAACUGUGGCCUUUCAUUAAGAACAAGAACAAGCUUAUGUCCCUGUUAACGUCCCCCCACCAGCCCCCCCCUGCCCCCCCAGCCUCAUCCCCGCCCUCACCCUCUGCUGUUCCCAACGACCCCCAGUCUCCCAAGCAGCAAAAGGAGCCCCUCUCCCACCGCCUCAACGACUUCAUGAGCUCCAAACCCAAAAUGCACUGCCUCCGGAGCCUGAGGCGAGGGCUUUCUCUCAAGCUGAUCACACUCAAUUCCCACGUCCGGAAUCUCAUUGAGGGCUCUGGACCAGAGGACUUCAGCCACCUGCCACCAGAACAGAGGAGGAAGAAGCUGCAGGGCAAGAUAGAUGAACUCAAUAAGGACAUUCAGAAAGAGAUGGACCAGAGGGACGCCCUAACUAAGAUGAGGGAUGUGUACGUGAAGAACCCUCAGAUGGGAGACCCGGCCAGUGUAGACCCCAGGCUAUCAGAAAUAGGCCAGAACAUCGAGAAGCUCCAGUUUGAAACGCAGAAAUUCGAGGGCUGGUUAGCAGAGGUGGAGGAAAGGAUGCCAUCCAAGAGUGAUACGAACCGGAGAAGUGGACUCUAUGAGACCCAGAACAACACCACAGUGAGCAACAACUGUGCGCAGGACAGAGAGAGGCCCUUGAGCAGCCCGGAUGGCAGCUACACAGAGGAGCAGAAUUCAGAGACUCAGGUCAAAGCCAACAUCAACCCCAUCCCCCCCACCUCCUCCACCCCAGAGUUCGACGACGAGUUUGACGAUGAGGAGACCCUGCCCACCAUCGGGACCUGCAAAGCCUUGUAUCCAUUUGAAGGUCAUAAUGAGGGCACUAUCGCCGUGGCAGAGGGCGAGCUGUUGUACGUGAUAGAAGAGGACAAAGGAGACGGCUGGACACGAGUGCGCAGGAACGAGGACGAGGAGGGAUACGUCCCCUCGUCCUACGUCGAGGUCUUUUUGGAAACAAAUGCCAAAGAUUCCUAAAAGUGUGAGGCUGGCUGAGGAAUGGCAGGGCAAGCAGCCUCGGAGAAACCACCACGUUCCUCAUGCGCUCACAGAGUCAGAGAGAGAAAGUGAGAGAUGACCUGAAUCUAAAAAAGAGAAAGACGGCCGAUUAGAACGCAUCUCAAUUCCCCCCCCCCAAAAAAAACAAAAAAACAUUACAAAACGUAUGAGCAGCGUUGCGCUUCCUCGGCAGAGCUCUGCGAUGUGAAGCAACGCUGAGAGAAAUCCAUCAAAAUUUUUAGCGCUCAUAACCUUUUCCAUUCUUAACACUCAUACAGCAGUCACAACCACAGUAUACAAUUUGCUUUUUUGUUGGUUUCAGCAAAGCUUUGCUUCUUAAUGUAACUAACUCCGCUUGCACCACGCGCGAUCAUGAACGUGGCUGUCUGCUUCCUCACUCUGAACGCUUCCCCCCCCGGCCUGGCCACCACCCCCCACCCACACUGCCACGUCUCUUUUUUCCUUACCUUAGCCCCCAUUGCACACACACGAGCAGCGGAGGGUUUGGUCAGAGACAGGACGGAGACCAGCGGGAGCCUUAUACGGACAAAAAGACCAGCUGGCAAACACCUUCAUCCGGCGGGGUGUGUGUGUGUGUGUGUGUGUGUGUGAGCCAUGCCCUCCUCACUCACUCCUUGACUCAGAAGAGAAUCACCCUGAAGCUUAUCUACCUACAUCUGGGGCUUUCAAAAGAAAUUCUCAUGGUCACCCCUCCCACUUAAAUCAGCUCCAUAUUUACAGAUCUCAGAAGAAGAAGUGAACGUGCUAUCUGUAUGUUACAUGCUUCUGGUUUAUGUUGUGUGGUUUGUUUGAUUUGAAUGAAAAAAAAAUAAUAAAUAAAGGUUUUGUUUGUUUGUAAUGUCCCUUUUUCUCCACACCACGAUCACCCUCGCACAUCCAGGACCAGCUGGGGAGGGAAAGAGAUGGAUGCUUGGUCAUUCGCCGGCUUUCUCAUCCUACACUUCUUGUCUUGUCACUGGUGUCUGUUCUUUUCUCUGACCACACCCUCCCUCGCCUCCACGGCCCUUUCCUACUGAAGCGGCUCAGGCUAUCCCUUGGCUGCUUUGUGCCCCCCCCGCCCCCCCCUCCGCCCCCUUUAUUUUGUCUUCUUUCUUUUUUUUGCAACAGCCUAAGGCAGGGGGCCUCUCAGCAAUGUGGUGUGCUGCAUGCUUGCCCUGUCUUCCUCCUCGCCCCUCUGCUGGCAACCUGGAGUAGGUGGUGGGGGGGUGUUUGGUCAGCUUACGCCACCCUCGCCUCCAGCCUUUCUGUUCAGUUAACCCUCAUUGCCUGGUCGUACUGUUUGAAUUAACCUGAAUGCUACUGUUUGGGUUCGGUGCCUGUGGUUCCUGUUUUUUUUUUAUAUAUAUAUAUAUAUAUAUAUAUAGCUCUUUUCUUUUGGUUCAGAAAGCAUGUUUUCCUGUUUUUUUUUAACAGCGAGUGAGUGAUAUUCUCCUCUCAGUGUUCCCUAUUUUAAUCUCAAAACUGUCAGUGAAGGAUGAUAGGGACCCCGAAAUGUUGUUUUCUGAAUGAUGUUUUGCAUAGGUAGGUCAUGGAUGUCUUGUGCAUUUGUUUUACUGUUAAGUAGGCUACACAGUACAGUAUGUGGGUCAAAAAUGUUAGUAUUGUACGUUUUGGUCAGAGUGUCUAACACAAGUUGUUAGUUUACAGUCAAUCAACCUUGUGGAAAUGUUCACUCGGUCCAAGCAACACUUUACCCCCCCCCCAAAAAAAACAACCUGUGAAGAUAUGAUUUAUACCUGAUGUUUUUAGGAUGGUUCCACUUAAAAUGUCUACUGUAUAUGAAAAUAUCCUGCGAUCCAUAUUUUCCUGUGAGUUUGUGACUGAAAUGAGAACCAGAAUCACCUGUUUUUAAGUUUCUGAGAGAAAGGAUGAUGCUAACGUUUGCUAAGCUGUGGUAUUAUGAAAGGAUUAAGAUGUGAUUAUCUCAAAAGUUGGGUGGAAAAAUGUUUUUAUAAUCAUGCGAGAGAAAUUAUGUCACCCCCCCCUUUGCUCAUCAAUGGCACAUAAUGUACAUGAUUUUAACAUUAUUUUUUUGUUUUUUAUUUGAUGAUGUUGAGUUGAGAUUCACCUUUCUUUUUUGUUUUGAAAGCCGGAAGUCUAUGUUGUAGCUUAUUCUGCCUGAAUGGGACUAAAAUCCCUAAACUGCAAAUAUAAGUAAUUCAAUUGUUUUGAAUGAAGCCAUUCUUAAAAAAAAUAAAAAAUAUCCAUCUUAUCCAGCAUGUUAGGAGCACUUCUGAAAUGGAGGAGUGAUGAACACUUUGACCAUUUGGACUCUUGAUGAAAUGAUCAAAUCUCUGCCGAAUCAAGCUUAAAAGUACCACGUUUGCUUCUCGCCACCCGUCGCUCGAUAUGUCAAGAUAUCAAACAAGCCACUUUCGCUUCAUUUAUUUUCCAAUGAUAAAUCUGACGAGGCACAGAUCACCGCUUUGAAGGCAGCAGUAGCUUUACAGCAGCCGUCUGCCUGCCGGUGCUCCGCAACGAAACCACCACAAACCAUUUAGUCGACGCCCCCGGAAUAACCUGCCUGUACAGUGGAAAUGGCACGUUGGAAUUAGAGAAUAUAUAUAUAUGAAUAUAUAAAUAAAGUUUAAAAAGGAAAACAUCUAUUUUAACUAUUGAGAGUCUUACAAAUUACUUUACCUGCUUUGCAAAGUAAGACUUCUUUUCCUUUGUAAGGUCUACCAAAUGGUGUGUUUUUGCACUUUUUCGUUUGUGUUCCAUUUGGUAGCCCAUGCUUGUGUUUUGGAGCACUGAAUACUUCGUAUUGUGUUUACCGUGCCAAUUAAAUAUGCCUGGAAAGUUAA